AUGGCAGCGUCGAAUGGCUUGUACCAAGAGCAAGCGGGCGACAGCAGUGGCGGGCAACUCCCCGAAGCUGCCUGCGGCUGCCUGCCCAGGGGAGCUGACCGCGGCGCCGGGUAUGCGCGCAUGGACGCGCGGAGCCUCGCGUCGCCCAAUGGAGCCCAUUUGCCCUGUGUUGGCGCAGCGCAGCACGCCAGCCGCGUGGACAGCGGGCUGCAUCAGUGCGACGCGGGGCUGGGGGAUGGCGAGCGCAGCGCGUCCUGUAACGGGACAAGCAGCGCGCGCCAGACAGGGUCGGAAGUUAACGACCCGCGGAACGGGUCGUGGCGGAAGCGCAUUGCGCGCAUGGUGCACGGAACCAGUGAGCAGAACGGUGUCGCAGCGGAUUGUAAGGGUGGCACGCCAGCAAGCGCGGGUGACGACAAACGCACGUGGGGGCCGGAGGAGGGGUCGUGGGAUGAUGUGGAGGCAGGCCGGCGCGCGGACAGCGGUGAGGGAGCGAGUGCCGAGGCACAGCCGCGACGCAGCGCCUUUCCUUACGACUGGUUCGUUGCAAAGCGGCCCCAAAACCGCGAGCCGCUGCAGCCCGACGAGCGAACCUGGCAGGGGAUCAAUGCGCGCCCCGCCACGCCUGCGUCCUCCGCGUCGUCCGCGUCCGCCAGUUCCCCCGCCUGGCCCUCCGCCCGCCCGUCCGCGCUCCCCGCGUCGCCGCCGUGCCAGCAGCCGGACGAGAUGAUUACAUCAGCACCGUAUGAGGUAGUGGCGGAUGAUAUGGAGGAGGAAGAGGAGCAGGAGGAGCGCAUGAGCGACGCGGGGUGCACGGACGACGGGCUCGACGCUACCACCGACUGCCACGACCAACUCUGCUGCUGCUGGCCCCUCCUCCCACCCUCCCCCGCUCGCCCCGCUCCCCUUCCCCCCGCCGACUCGCGCGCCUCUGACUCAUCCGCAGGGAACGCGGAGGCCGAGGACGCGAAGCGGAGCACGCGUGGAGCGGGCACGGGGGCGGGCGAGGCGGGGAAGGGAAAGGCGGGGCGCGGAGCGGUGGCGUGGGCGCGCAGCGUGGACUGGGGGUCGCGGCGCUGCCAGCUGUCCAUCUUCGCCGCCGUCAUGCUGGCGGGGCUGGCGGCGGCCGCCGUGGUGUUCUGGGCGACGUUCAGGAGCUACCAGCGCAGCAGCAUGGACGUGUUGACGACGCUGUGUGACACGUGGGCGGCGCUGCUCAACGAGCGGCUGCAAGACUCCGCCAAACAGGCGCGUGUGCUGUCGGCGCUGCUGUCCAUCCUCUACUUCCGCUCCAACCCACCCGUGCUCAACCAGAGCAUGUUUGCGGACAUCAUGCGUGAGUCACAGCUGUCGCUGCAUCUCUUCCACAACGUUGCCUUCGCCCUGCGUGUCUCGCCCGCCCUGCGCCCCGCCUGGGAGACCCUCAACAACGCCACCGCGCCCUGCAUCAUGGACGAGGGCUGGGAGUGUGAGGAGGAGCGGCAGGAGUAUGCGCCGAUAGUGUUUGAGGAGCUCGCCCAUGCGCCACACCGCGGCCUCGACCUCUACCAAUUGGACCAGUUGAACGCCACGGUGUGGCGAGCGCGGCAGCAGCUGCGCGCAGUGGUGUCGCCCAUCCUGGCCGCCAUGCACGCACCCACCGCCGUGCACUUCUCCCCCGCCGCCUCCUCCGACGCGCACGUGUUCAAGGUGCUGCCCGUGUUCCGCUCCGCCCGCGCGUACCCGCCUGCUGCACCCGCGGGGCAUGACGGCGACGAGGGCGCGGCGGGGGCGGGUGCGGGGCUGGGCGCGGGCGUGGGGGAGGGCGACCUGGGGGGCUUCAUGGUGGCGGAGAUGGACGUGGACGGGCUGUGGAAGGACAUCAUCAAGGCGGCAUCACCAGCGGCGGACAUGGUGUUGCAGAUAGUGGACGUCACGGACGGCAGUGCACCACAGCUGGUGCUGGACGCCUCGCGCCAGGCCUACAACCCCCAAGACCACGUGGCGGAGGGGCCCUUCGCACGCGUCAACAGCAUUGACUUCGGAGACCAGUUCAGGCAGUACGAGCUCCGGUGCAGGUAUGCGAGUGUGCCGGUGCCGGUGCUGCCAGUGGUGUGGAUGGUGCUGGUGCUGGUGGUGGUGGCGGGGGCAGCGUACCUGCUGUGUGUGGCACAGCGGCAUCUGAGUGUGGCGCGGCGCAACCUGCGGCGCAUGGGGCUGCUCAAGGACCGCAUGAAGCGCGCCAAGGUGCUGGCGGAGAUGGGCAACCGCGCCAAGGGCACCUUCCUCGCCACCAUGAGCCACGAGCUGCGCACGCCCCUCAACGGCGUCAUCGGCAUGAUGAAUCUGCUGUUGGAGACGCCAUUGAGUGCGGUGCAGCUGGACUACGUGGACACAGCGCGCACCAGUGGCAGGGCGCUCGUGGACCUCAUCAACGACAUCCUUGACCUCUCCAAGAUCGAGGCGAAGCGCAUGGUGUUGGAGAGUGCGGCGAUGGACGUGCGCAGUGACGUGGUGGACGACGUGCUCAGCAUGUUCGUGGACCGCAUCCGCGCCAACCCCCAUGUUGAGGUCGCUGCCUACGUUGACCCCGCCGUGCCCUCCCUCAUCUUCGGUGAUUCACUGCGCCUGCGCCAGGUGUUGAUGAACCUGCUGUCCAACAGCUGCAAGUACACGGCGCGCGGGCACAUCUUCAUCUGUGUGCGUGCCGUGCGCUCAGACGAGGACCUGCGCCGCGUGCUGCUGCUGCACUCGCGCACCACCACCUCCACCACCACCGCCCAUGCCCCGCUGCAGCGCACCGGCGGCCCCCAUGGGUCGUCGGCGUGGCGCGUUGUGUCCCCGUCCGCCCUCAUGCGCCCCGCGCUCUCACGCCCCGGCGCUGGCCCCGGCCGCCUGCAGCGCGCCUACUUGGGGUCAGGGACGCUGGGGGGCGAUCGGCUGCUGCGCGAGGAUGGAGAGGGCGAGGAGGGCGUGGAGGGCGGUGGGUGGUCCAGCAGUAGGGAUGAUGACAGUGCUUCCAUGUGCGGGGAGGAGGGCAGGGGUAGCAUGGAGAGGGAGAAGGAGAGGGAGAAGGAGAGGGAGAGAGAGAGGAGGUGCUAUGAGACGUUGAGUGGGUAUGAGGCGGUGGAGAGCUGCAACAGCUGGGCGCAUGUGCGCAUGCAGCAGCAAGCCAUGGCGUCCGGUGGAGCAUUGGAGCAGGGUGCGGGUGGAGCAGGGGCGGGAGGGCAGGGGGUGACAGCAUCAUCUGGGAUGGACACGGGCGAGGGCAUUCCCCUGAGUGCGCAGAAGAGCAUCUUCAAGCGCUUUGUGCAGGCGGACGCCAGCAGCACGCGCACGCAUGGCGGCACGGGCAUCGGGCUCACCAUCUCCCGGCACCUGGUGCACCUCAUGGGCGGCAAGCUCAGCUUCGUGAGCCGCCCUGGCAUCGGCACCACCUUCUACUUCGACUUCACCGUGCCCUUCCAUGCCCCCAAACCCACUGCUGCUCGUGGGAGUGCGGGGGCAACAGUGGGUGGCAGGGCAGGGCGAGGGGUAUCUAGUAUCAACUCGAGUGACUGUGUGUUCACGGCUCCUCCGCUCUCCCCGCCCACGCUGCAACACCAGGACGCGCUAUUCCAGGGUGCAGCCGCUGCCUCUCUUGGCAUCAGCUGCUCCCCCUCGCCUUCUCUCUGCCCUCCGCCCCUCCACGUCAUGCCUCCACCAACGCCACCCUCCGUGUGCUCCCCACUGCCAGUGCACGAGGCACCUCCCUCCACACGGACUGCCGCAGCAGCACCAGCAUCUCCAGCAGCAGCAGCGGGGGUGGGGGCAGGGCAGCAUGUGUGUUGGUGCCCGGCAGUGCUGUCAGGCCCAUAUGCAGGAGUGGCAGCGGUGGUGCUGGACGACUGGCCCGUGCGCCGUGCUGUCAUGCACACGUACCUCGCUCGCCUGGGAGUCACCGUGCUGCAUGCUGAUGCUCAUGCUCAUGGCCAUGCCUGCAUGUGCCACGCGGUGCAGCGGGAAACAGGGCACGGAGGGGAAGAGGGGUCUCAUGGCGGUGCGCGUACCGCUGCCGGCCUGCAGGGAGACGCGUCAGCAGAGAAUGGAAGGGACACGCCUGUAACUGCCCCUGGCAGUGCGAGUGCUGGUACGGAAGGUGUGAGUGCGGGUGGUGGUGCAGGUGGGAGUGUGGGGUCAUGGGAGGCGGUGUGGGCAGCGCGGGGCAUGGUGGUGGUGGUGGAGCAGGAGUGGCUGGCGGACAGGGGCGGGCUGGCCAGGGGGUGGCGCCACCGCGUGGAGGCAGCGGCGGGGUGGGUCGUGCAGCAGUACCGCCGCUCCCACCACCGUGCUCUCUCUGCUGCCACGCCACACACUGGGGGCGCCACGAACGGCAGCAUGGCAGGGGGGGCGGAGCAAGCGCGGUGGUUUGGGUUGCCGGAGAGGUGGCGGGCGAUCGUGGUGCUGCGUGAUGCGCGGCAGGCAGGCGGGCUGAAGCAGCGCCAUGACGUGGCCGCUGUGCUCAUCAAGCCCAUCCGCCACGCCGCCCUCGCUGGCUGCCUGGGCGAGGCCCUGGGGGUGGACGCCGCACCUGCUGCCCAUACCCUGUCCGCCCAACCUGCCCCCGCCCUGCACACGCCCUCAUCUCUGUUUCUCACACACUCUCCUGCUGCACGUGCUGGGCUGCAUGGAGGGGGACGGGCAGGGGCGUGCGAGGAGAGUGAGGGCGGCGAGGAGGCUCCUCUGCUGGCGCUGGGAGGGUCCGUGGGCUCAUCACCGGCCGUGCCUGGGUGCUGCGUCCCACUGGCAGGCCGCUCAGGCAUGCAGCACCGCAGCAGCAGCACCAGUGCCCUGGCGGCACUGUGUGGGGCGGGCAGAGGCGCACCUGGAGCAGACAGGCAAGGGGCGGAGCAGGCACAUGCAAGGGAGGGCGGUGGUGGGGGUGGGGAGGCGAGUGCACGGCCAGCACGUGAGGGGCGUGGUGGGAUGGCGGGGGGUGUGGCGGGUGAGCGUGGUGCAGCAGUGCCAGCGGAGGAUGCACGCCCCCGGGGGCCAGCGGGGGCGACAAGAGGAGGAGCAGAGGUGGGGGGUGGCGGUGUGAUGAGCAGUGUGCGGCACAAGAGUGCUGCGGCUGCACGGCUGUGCAGUGCUCUGGAAGGGUCCAAGUUCCUCGUGGUGGACGACAACAUGGUGAACCGCAAGGUGAUCAGCAAGAUGCUGCAGCGCUACGGAGUGCAUGUGGAGGCAGUGGAGGGGGGCGCACAGGCGCUGCAGCGCCUGCAGCAGCCACAUGACUUCGUGGGCGUCUUCAUGGACGUGCAGAUGCCUGGCAUGAACGGGUUCCAGGCCACCAAGGCCAUUCGCAACUUGGAGGCCGCUCAAGCUACUGCCUGCACUGCACCGCUGCCCACUGCUGCAAGCGCACAGGAGAGUGUGCCCCUUGUGCGUGCCACGCCGCUCUCUCAUGCUGAUUCUCACACGCAAGCGCCACCAUCCCCAGGGAUGCCAUCGCCACUGCCAGCAGCAGGCACAGCACAGCGCGGCUCUGCCGCUCCUCCCUCGCCCUCCUCCCCUUGCCCGCCUCCCGCAUCGCCCUGCACGCCCCCCUGUCGCCCUGUGCGGAGGCAGCGCCUGCUGCUGUUUGCCCUGACGGCGGACAUUGGUGGGGGCACGCGGGAGCGGUGUGCAGUGGUGGGCAUGGAUGGGUACAUGACCAAGCCCAUCGAGGAGGACCAACUCGCCUCUGUUGUGCUGCCCUUCUUUCAACCGCCUCCCACCGCCCCUCACACACACCCGCCUCCUCCCGCUGACCCCACUGCUUCCAAUCAUUGA